GUCUGAAAGGUAACAGGUUGUCUUUAGCAAAUGUCUUGUUUCCCUUGGGUUUAUGAGUUAGAGCUGUCACAUUUAAAGAGACCUUCUUUACUUUUACACUACUAAGUUAGUUCUCAUGAAGGCGACCCACAGGGAGGAACAGAGGAACAUUCCGCAGAGUGAAAUAUAAACUUUGCCUUAACAUCAGGAUGUCUGCUCCUGUCUCAGGUAGGAAGACCCCUGUGGACCAUGGCGUUCAGAUUCGCUUUAUAAACGACCUGCAGGACAUUGGAGGGGGAGUGAGUGGGCAGCCUCGGAAAGAGGCACCCAAAAAGUUGGCGUCUCGCUAUGGAGUGGCAGUGAGGGUGCAGGGCAUCGGUGGGCAGCCCUAUGUUGUACUGAAAGGAGAAAAAGGAGAUUCAUAUGGAGUACAGCUGAGAACCCAACCACCUGCCUACAGCAGCCUGCCUAGGAGGAGAGAAAACGGAGAAAUUCAGGGGCCAUAUUCCUCAUCUGUAGAGAACACCCCCCUGCGUCGGGCUCAGUCUCAUGGCUCUCUGUUGGAUCGCGAAAACGACAGCGAAGACUUCCCAGAUCAACUCCGACGUCCGCUUGGAGAUGGACGCUCUGGUAGCUACGGCAACCUGGAUGGAGGUAUUGGUAUGGCAGCAGAGAGGGAGCGGACCAAAGAAAGGAUGGAGAGAAAUCAGUGGGGUGGAUCCUACCAGACAGGGCUGAAUGGCACCUUGGGAAGGGGGAGAGGUGGAGGCAGUCACUACACCUCGUCUGAAUCAGUUGAAAUAUCUCCGCACAACCAGCACACUCACAGCCAAUCAGCUCUCAACUCCGUCCGCCAGACGCCUGCCCACAGACUCUCCGACAGGUAUGAUGGGAGCUCUGCUACACAGGGAGGUAACACUGGGACCAACUCUAGGGGGCGCUAUCCCAUCCCAUCUGCAGACAACAGACCCACCUCAACCUCACAAUUACCUGCUGCUUCUUUCUUACCAAACACAUACUCUUCACCGCGGUCUUCCUCGCCUGCUUCUGCCUACAGCAGCCUGGGCCGUGGUACAGGUUCUGUCGCCAAGGUCACUGCUGUCUCUUCAUCCGCUCCAGUUGAUGGUCAUGUAACUCCUGAUCUUUUGAUGGACCAGGGUCAAAGUUCAGGGUCCGAGUUCUCAACCGAAGAUCAGAUACAGCAGAUAAUCUACGAUGUUCUACGUCAGGGGAGUACAGAGGGAGAUGCUGUCAUUAAGCACAGAGUUCGAGUCAUCUGUAAUAAGAUUCAAGGACUGAAGGUGAACAGAUCUGACGACUCCUUGAAGGAGGAGCUUGAGAAAUGUCUGGAUCAAAAUGUACAGCUGCAGGAACAGCUGGGCCGGAAGAACACAGAGCUGCACCAGACACAUUCAGAGCUUACUCAGAUACGAAUGGACAGAGAGAAUGCAGAGUCUCAUGUUAGAGAGCUGGAGGAUCAGCUGGCAGGACUACAGGAGGAGCUGAGGAGAGAGACAGACAACAAAGCUCAGGCUGACACUAUGCACAUGGAGUUGAUGGCAGUGAGAGGUGAGUUGGCCGAAGCUGCAGCUCUGUGUCAGAAGCAGGAGGACAUUCUGAGGCAGAGAGAGAGGGAGCUGACUGCUCUAAAAGGGGCACUGAAAGAUGAGGUCUCCACACAUGACAAGGAGAUAGAGGCUCUCAGAGAGCAGUACAGCCAUGACAUGGAGCGACUACGAACAAGCAUGGAGCAUGUUUCACAGUCUCAGGCAACCAUUGAAUCAGAGCGUCACCGUGUGAACUCUACGGUAAGGUCUCUUCAGCUGCAAUUGGAGGACAGCAGAGAUGAGGGAAACCACUGGAGAGAGCAGUUUCAGUCCAGCAGAGAAGAGUUACGCAACACCAAACAAGAAUUACUCCAGGCUCGUUUGGAGAAAGAGGAGUUUGAGGAGGAGCUGAAAGAUCUGCAGGAGAAAGUCAACACAAUGAAACAGCAGAUACCAGAUCCCAAACAGUCCCAGACAGUCAGCCAGGAACUUGAGCGUUGUCGUGCUGACCUAAAGAAGACCCUGACAGAUAUGGAUAAAUUAAAAACAGAUCUUGACAAGAAGACAAUGGAAAUUGUGUUAUUAAAGAAGAGCAAACAGGAGCUUGAAGCGGAGCAGAAAUAUGAGAUUGACAGAUUGAAGGACCAGUCACGCAGAGAUAAAGAAGAGUUAACGAAAGCUCAUGAGAGGGCCAAACAGCUAGCUGAACCCUCAUUGGUGGAGGCCCUGCGCAAGGAGUUGAGUGACAUGCAAGAGGAGACGGACCGAAUGCGCAGUCAGCUACUUUCAACUGAAGAAGAUCUGCAGACAGAGAGAAACAAACUCAGCUCUGCUCAAACCCAAGCAAACCAUCUGGCACAUGAGCACAAGGAACUCGAGGAAACCAACAUGCGUAUGAAGGAGAGAAUCACACGCCUUGAGUCUCAGCUUCAGGAGCGCACGUCUCAGAGUAUUGAGGCUGAACAGGAGCAGCAGGAGGAGACCAAGAAACUGAGGCAGCAGCUAGAGGAGUCCAGGCGUGAGAACUCCAGACUGGGUCUAGAGCAGGACGAGCUGACCCGUAAUCUGGAAGAGAAGGAGAAGGACAGAGACUCUGUCCACAAGGAGAACACACAGCUCGAGGAUCAGAAGAGGCAGCUGGAGAGAGCACUAGACAAACUUAAUAAAGAGAUGGAGCGCCUGUCUGCAGCGUCCCGUGAGGAAUUUUUUUUUAAAUUAAACAACAAUGGAGAGAAGAGCUCUGUGGUGUCCUCUCAGCGACGGUUGGAGAGGAAACUAAAGGAGCUGAACAUCACCCUGGAUGAGGAGAGACAGCAGCACACAGAACAGAGAGACCAGCUGACUCUGCGUGUGAAGGCUCUGAAGAGGCAGGUGGAUGAAGGAGAGGCAGAAGCAGAGCGGCUGGAGGGAUUGAGGAGGAAGGCCAUCAGAGAAAUGGAGGAGAUGCAGGAACAGAAGGAGGCGCUGCAGUCCAAAGUCACGGCACUAGAGAAUGAACUCAAGAGGAAGAUCCAGCAGGCUCGACAGUCAGCUCUGGAGUCUUCAGUGCUCAGCUCUGAUGAUGAUGAUGAUGAAGGAUUGUAUGAUCAUUCCAGCAUAACCUCCAUCCUCACCGAGAGCAACCUACAGACCAGUUCCUGCUGAAGACUGAGAGAUGAAUCUGGAAUUCCUCUUCAUUGAUGCUUCAUUCCUGGACACACAAUAGAUUCAGUCCUGCUCUAAAACUGAUAAUAGAAACUCCAGUCUUCUGGUUUCCACUUUUGACCUUAUGCCACAUCACAAUAUUUAUAAAUCAGAAUGUACAAUCUGAGGUUAUCAUCUAUAAAACAGGAUGACAUUUUCACACGUAUUUUCACUUGUCAGCGAGUCAUCAGAUUUCAGACAUCGCUUUAUUUAUCAGUUCCACCUUAGAGAUUCUUUUAAUGAGAAAAGCCUUAAUGAUGCCUUUUUAGAAAAGAUCAGUUGAAGUUGAAGUUAUUUAGAAACUGAAUUUCGCCUCAGUUCAACUUCGCAAAGACAAUUUUGGUUUAUUUUAAGUAAUUAGGGAUUAAUAGAAGAAAUAAGAACUUUUGUAAAAAAAAAAAAAAAAAAAUGAAUUAACAACGAGGGAGAGAAGUAUUUCAUUUUGUUUUAAGGGCCUUGUGACCGAUUAUGAGCACCAAUGAUUUCUUUAUGUGUGUGUUAAUAGAGGCUGAUGGGAGAUGAAGGAUAUCAGGGUAUUAAAAGAACACAGCAGUGAACAUUUUUCCAAAAAUCCAAUUAGCAGAGAGUAGUCAUGUGAAUGGGGGGAAAUGAAUAAAAAUAAUGUCACUAUAAUGUAGUAUAGUAACACAGAGAGAUAUGCAGAAAAUAGUCCAAAACAUGCUUCUAAACUGAGAAAGAGGGAAAUCAAGGUUUAGUAACAAGAAAGGUAUUAUUUUACAUUCUCUGCUUAAGACUUCAACUCUUCAUAAAAACACUUAUUUCUUUGUUUACCGAGUGGAAAAAAGACAGAUAAUUUCCAGGUACAAGUGAUGAUUCAUGCAUUACAAAGAUGCAUUAGUGAUGCUAAAAUAUGCAAAAAUUUAUAAAACAAUCACAAUACAUGCAUUUACAUUUCA